AUUCAGGAGAGCUUCAUAUUAAUGGACAAUAUCGUUGUUAAUGGAAAGAAAACUGUUAUUGAUCCGUUUCUCAUCAAUGGCGAGUUACCUACGGAUUUAUUCCUCUACAACUUCGCACUAACUGCGGAUUUAAGCGCAUCGCAAGUAUCUUUGGCAUCUCCCAACAGAACAUCAAUAUUUUCCUUGAACAAGAUAGGGUUCAUCAUACCGGCGUAUCCUGUAUUUCCAAUAGACCGCUUGAGGACAAAAACUUGACCACUUUUCCAAACUCGAAGAACUGGCAUUCCGUAGAUACUGCAGUUAGGGUCAUCCUCUGCAGCACUUGACACCGUGUCCGACGCUCCGAUAACGAGCGUCACGUCCGUGUCAUCAAAGUCGUCGUUGAUUUCUUCCAUUUCGAAAACAAUAUCAUAUGGAACACCCGCUUCGGCGAGCAACACGUUGAGUUGUCCUGGCAUCCUUCCUGCCACUGGAUGAAUAGCGAAUCGUACGUUCUUGCCCGCCGCCUUGAGAUUCUUUGCAAUAUCGGCAAUUGCAAACUGGGCUUGUGCAACUGCCAAACCAUAUCCAGGAGUGAUGACAAUAUUGUUUGCUUCCGUAAGAGCUUCUGUGACAGCUUCCACAGUGACGGUGGUAACUUCUCCGUCAUAUUCUACAGCUUCACCAGCUGAUGCAACUGUGUCACUUCCAGCUCCACCAAGAAUAACACUGACAACAUCUCUACCCAUUGCCUCGCACAUGAUCCAGGUCAGAAUUGCUCCAGAAAAUCCAAUUAGGGCUCCUACUUGUGCAAGGAGUGGAUUAUUAAGAAGGAAUCCUUCUGCACACAGAGCCCAUCCGGAGUAAGAAUUCAAAACAGUAAUAACUACUGGCAUAUCGGCUCCUCCAAUACUUGCUGUAAGGUGCCAGCCAAGGACUGAACUGACAACAGCUGCCAUACCGAGGCUUGCAAGGCCAACAGUAUCUGCAUCCAUGGAAAGAAGGCUGGCAGCAAUAUCAGGACCCAAGAAAGCACCCAUACCAAGAGCACAUGCUCCUAGCAUGGCGAGAUUAAUCUGGUCUCUUGCAGGAAGCUUCAGGGGAGCAGAAUCCAUCAUGCCGGACAAUUUUCCAAAUGCCACAAGCGACCCAGAGAAUGUGACGCCCCCAAUAAAUGUUGCAAGAUAAAUCGAAGAAAGAGUUCCAGCCGGAAGAGCCCCGGAGUUUCCAAGAUAUUCUCCAGCGGCUCCGGCCAUUGCCGCGAUACCGACCAAAGAAUGGAAGGCAGCAACAGUCUGUGGUAAUUCAGUGGGACCAACUUUGGACGCAACAGCAGUUCCAACGGCAGCUCCUGUACCUGCAAGGAGGCCGGCUUGUUGGAAUACUACAGGGCUUGCGCCUGCAAUCGCCAUAUCGGAAGUCGUAGCGGCAAGGCCCAAAGUUACACCGGCCAUUCCAAGGAAGUUACCAGUUCUUGCUGUCUCUUGGUUCGCGAGAGCUGUUUUUAUAUGUAGAAUGAGAAGAAACAAUUCACACCAAAAAACGAAUAGUUAUUGAGACUGCUUAGGCAUUCUUUUUGGCCCAACAAACGAAAAAAGAAAAUUCAGAGCAUACGUACCAGCGAUUGCGCUAAUGCACAAGAGGGAUGCAGCAAUGGAAGCAGUUCCCGACAUGAGGCCUAUAUCACCCACAUCGGAGAAAGAAGCAGCUGCAAGACCAGCUACAAUCACGCCAACGGGAAUACCGUACAGUUCGAAAAAUUCCUUCGGAUCUUCGGGUCGACGGAAAAGGUCCAACAUUUUUCCAGAAACGAGAAAUCCACCCGCAAUAUUGACAAAGGACAAAACGGUUGCGAUUGCACCCAUCCAAUGAGCGGGGGAAUCGGGAAUCAGGCUGGCGCCAGUGUGGUCUCCAGAAGCCAAGAGGAGCAUGCCGCCAAGAGCAGUGCAACCCGAAAUGGCAUUCGUGACCGCCAUCAAUGGAGAAUGCAGAGCAGGAGCAACACCCCAUACAACCUGAUACCCAGCAAGACCUGCUAAACCAAAAGUUGCCAUGAGGUUGACAGAUGAAGAAGAAUCUGCCGUGAGACCAAAGCCUACCAAGAGGGCCGCUGCUGCGCUUGCAAUCAGGGUGUUCUUAACAAAAGCGUCCUUGCUUCUUUGAUCGACCAAAGCCUUUUCUUGUUCGGGUGUAAGUUCGACAACUUCUGCUACUUCUUGUUGAGGCGGAGGAGGAGGGGUAAAGGGAGUAAUUUUAUCAGGCCAUCUUGCGUUGCCACCGUAACUAAUUAGCAUGUUCUGGACUGCGUCAUCCUCAAGAUCAAUUUGAAAGACACCCUUUUCUUUUGUGGUCUGCGGGCCAAUGCUCAAGAUAAAUUUCGCGAUGUUGUUCGCAAAUAAAUUACUUGCAGUGCUAGCCAAUCGAGAAGGAAGAUCAGUGUAUCCAAUAAUUUUCACACCAUUGGACGUAGUGAUGAUCUCGUCGGGUUGUGUCUGCGCGACAUUGCCUCCAUUUGCCGCUGCCAAAUCAACACAUACGGAACCUGCCUUCAUCAAACUCAACAUAUCUUGAUCGACAAGAAUUGGAGCCUUCUUUCCAGGAAUCAAGGCCGUCGUAACGAUAAUGUCGACGUCCUCCGCUUGUUCCAGCAUCAUUUUUCUUUGCGCUGCUUUGUACUCGUCGGACAUUUCCUUGGCGUAACCACCAGCUCCGCUCCCGUCUUCGUCGAUAUCAACCUCCAAGAAGGUUGCACCCAUCGACUCGACUUGUUCCUUGCACACAGGACGGACAUCAAACGCUCGAACAAUUGCACCCAUGUUCUUGGCAGUUUGGAUAGCUGCCAAUCCGGCAACACCCGCCCCCAUCACCAAUACCUUGGCGGGGGGGACCUUGCCUGCCGCGGUCAUUUGACCAGCAAAAAAACGCGGAAAGGCAUCGGCUGCUUCGAUAAUGGCUCGGUAUCCUGCGAUGUUUGCCUGGGAAGACAAGGUGUCAAAGGAUUGGCCACGGCUCAGCAUCCGUGGAACGCAAUCGAGAGCAAAGAUAUUGGUUCCCUGUUGGGUUAGAGACGCGUACAACUCGGUGUUGAUGGCGGGUUGAAUCAUGCUGAACAAUGUUUUGCCUUGAAGCCGGGGUACCUCUUCAUCGCUCGGGGGACGAAUCUUAGUGAUAAUGUCGGCGUCUUGAAACACUUGUUCCGCAUCCGACAAAACGAUGGCACCGGCGUCGAUGUAUGUAGAAUCGUUGAAUGAGGCAUUGUCGCCGGCUAAAAAAGUAGAACGAAACAAGAAAAUAAUUAGCAACUCAAAGAAAGCCCAAGUACAAAUGCUAUUCUCGCCAAUCGCAGACAUUAUGAAACUCAACGACUUCGGUCAACAAUGAAUGAUCAUACCUCCAGAUUCGACAAUGACAGUAAAGCCGGCCUUGACUAGACCUCGAACCGAAUCCGGUGUUUGAGAUACUCGAUUCUCGCCCUUGAAAGUUUCCUUGAUGACCCCGAUCGUCAAUUCCGAAUAUGGAAUGGGCGAAAAAAAUUCGUUUACUGUUUCAGUGUUGAAGGCCUCACUCACGCUGUCUUUCUCGGAAGGUUUGUUGGCUUGCUCUUGCUCUUCGUCUUCGAUGGUGGCGUACAUCGAAGUUGUUGAGCUCGGUUGGAUCUUGGUGUGAAAAGAGGAAAAACGGUUUCGACGACGAUCGAUCGAUGUCGCUCUUGAUGCGGAGAGUCCGACUGGAGCCCAAGCGGCACAGUCUCUUGACGCUAGCGCCGCCCAGAGCGUGAAGAUUGUGAUGCUGCUUUUCAUCUUAGACUUGGUGCUUAUACAGUAGAGUAUAGAUAGUAUAAAAUGGUAUAUUGGUG